CUGUCUUCCUUGCCUUGUUUCACAUAUAUCGCCCUCCAUGUCUUUGCAAAUCCUUCGUAGAAUCCGAGCUCUUCCCACAUCUCGAAUCCUUUCUCUCGCCCUAGCGCCCGUCCUUCAAUAAGACCAUGUAUGCGUCCAUGCUCGAGGCCGUCUUGGUAUCCGAAAUCGUAAAAACUGAAGGAGAUCUCAGCUUGCGUAGCGACGUAUAAAAAUCAACGCCGACGUUUGUUCGAGGUGCACGAGGGAUUCCAAGUCAAAGUCCAUUGUGAUGGCUGCUGGUGAUGAUGGUGAUGGAUUGAAAACAAGAUCGAAAAUGGACUCCAGACGCACUCGGAUUUGUCACCCUGCUACAUCAUGCCCCUUGCAUUACUACUCGACAUUGAUACGCUGCCAGCAAGCUAUUGGAGUAAAAUAUCUAUUGAGGCGUCUUUUUCGUAAUUCAAGUCUUGGGCGCUGUUUUCCUCUUCAUCUCUCUUCCCGACGCCCGAAAACGAAUCGAAUAAUGCCGAAGGAGCCGGAGAGUAAGCCUCGACGAAAACCAGGCCGUGUGCCGACGUCAUGCUCGGAAUGCCGGAGACUAAAACUGCGCUGCGACAAGAAUGUUCCGUGCGAGAAAUGUGUCAGCCGAGGCUGUGGUGCAAUAUGUCCGGACGGAUCUCUGACUAGCGGGAAAGGAAAUCGGUUGAUUCUAGCGAAUACAGAACAACUCCAUGAACGAAUAGAGCACCUCUGUUCACGUAUUCGCGACCUAGAAAAUGCACUCAAGAUGAUACAAGCAACAGUGUCCCCAGAGCCCCAUCCACUCCUGCGCGCCGACCUAUUGCAGCUAAAAUCUCCCCAGUCUACGCUACCUACACAAAAUGGAUUAGCUGGUCCGUCGGUUACGAUUGGCCCUACUUCUACUUCCGUCAAUUCUCAAUCUACCUACUUGGGAUUUUCAACGGAGCCUCAGCAAGUGCGAAGUGAAGAUGAAAAUUUCAUCGACGCGUUUGGCACGUUGACGAUUGGGCGUCAAGGCGAAUCCAGUUUUUUAGGGAAAACAGCCCGUUCUGAGUUUCUACUCCGUGCACUUUCAAAACCACAAUCAACGUCAACACUCGUACUUCCUCGCGUAUCAAAACGAAUUAUAGAAUCCAAUUGUGCCGACCCUUUAGACGAAAGCCUUGGGCAUGAAGUUUUCAGUCUUCUACCACCGCUUUCUGAGGCGGUACGAUUGUGCGAAAUAUAUCUUGAGCAUGGAAAGUAUCUAUACUCUACAGUGGACCGUACAGAGUUGUUUGAUGAAGUUCUUGCUUGCAUAUACAGAGCGGAAUCAUUUACAUCGCUUUCCUGUCAUCAUACGCUCUACUUUCUGUUUUCCGUAUUCGCUCUGGCGGUGUUAUUUGACCAAGAACGACCGCCGUUCUCCGUAGAGGCCCAAGAGUAUUACUACUUGGCCCGAGCGGCCGUAGGUCUAUCUUCUAUCAAUAACCACCAAACUCUUCGAGCGAUUCAGGGCAUGAUACACCUUGCUGAGUAUGAAGCUUACAGCGACUGGGAAGCGUUAGGGACAAAUUCCGAAUGGAUAACCAUAGGAUGCGCUGUGCGAUUAGGCCAAAGCAUCGGUCUGCAUCUCAACAGUUCCCGUUGGCAGCUUGGGGAAGACACCAGUCAGCGUCGAAGUCGCAUUUUCUGGCAAUUGUUUGCAUGCGAUACAUGGACGAGUUUUUUGUUUGGUCGUCCUCCGUCAAUGUCGGCUCAGUAUAUUGAUUGUGCACUCCCGAGAGAUACGGACGAGAUUAUCAAUGCGGACGGCCAGAGAGAAACGGGAUUUCAUUCGUGGAUAUGGCAAUACGCAACUCUUAUGCAUUCCGUGAUGAGAGCAGCGUUUGGGGUUAAAGUCCCUGCAUACAGCGCCAUCCUGGACUUGGACCGGAAAAUCCGAGACUUUCCUGUCCCGUCGCGAUUCCAUCCUUGUGUGAACUAUGGGAGUGAAUCCUUGAGGCCGACUCAUUAUAUGCAGCGGUGGAUGGUCCUGAUAUCCAAAGAAUCAGUACUGCUCAAUCUUCAUCGAGUAUAUUUUGCUCAAGCCCUGCAAGACCAGCCGGAUGAUCUGGCCCAUCAUAGAUAUCUGCCGUCUGUGAUGGCGACGUAUCGGUCGGCAUGGAGAAUUAUGCAGUCUCUGAAGAUGCUGAGGAACUACGCUCCUCUUCUAUUGAAUAGAGUCAAUCUGGCGUGGUCCCAUGCGUUGUCUGCCGUUAUUGUGAUGUGUAUCCUCGUAACCCGAGCGCCCAACUCGAAGAUGACGAAACCGUCCCUCGAGGAGCUGGACCUCGUUGCUCAGCUUUUUGAGGAAGCUGCGCCGAACUGCCGCGCGGCCGCCAACACGCUGGACACAAUCCAAAUGCUUCGAAAUAAAGCUCAUGAAGCGGUGGGCCAAGCACCUUCACCAGAGUCGGGCGAUCUAUCCCCAGACGAGCUGGAUCGCCUGGGAGGCAAGACGCACUUGAUCUCCUCCGUCGACUCUGACACGCCCACCGUUGCGUAUACCCCAUCGCCUCCCGCCCACCGGCAGCCUUCCCCAUCAUCACCAUUCCCGGCCACUAACAACGUCCAUCCCGUCAUCGCUCAGGAUAUGCAGAACCUCGAUGCAGGCGGGUUCCAUUUGAACUUGUUUGAUAAUCCAGCCGAGGUGCUGACCGCAGAAAGGAUGCCAGAAGUGUCGUUUACGGGCGAUAACUUUGGGUUCUUUGCGCAACAGUCGCCGCCUUCUCUGGGCGAGUACACUCAGCCGCAAUCACCACCACCACCACUACCACAUCAUCAUUCUGCGUACGGGUUCGCAGCUGCAGCGGCUCCCAUGUUGGACGCGACAUGGCAGAGUUUUGUUGAACAACUGGGAUUUUAA